AUGAACUCUGGGAGUCACCAGAGUUCCAAAACUAUAGCAAAAUUUACGAAAGAUGAAGAUGAGCGAUUACUUAAAAUUAUACGACAAUUGGGUACGCGCGACUGGGAAUCAAUUGCUUCUUGCAUGAAAAAUCGAUCACCUAGGCAAUGCCGUGAGCGCUGGACAAACUAUUUAAUGCCCGAUUUGAGUAGUGCUCCUUGGACUCCUGAAGAAGAUGAGCUGUUAGAAAAAUUGUAUAAAAUAUAUGGUUCAAAGUGGUCAAAAAUUGCGGCACAUUUGCCAAAUAGAUCGGCAAAUAUAGUACGCAACAGAUAUCGUAAUAACUCUCGUAAAAUUAAAAAAGCCCCUGAUUCAAUAACGAAAUCACCUGAAAAAUUGGAAUCUGCUUUAGAUUUGCUAGCAGAGAUUCCACAAAUGACAGAACUUGUCACAUCAAUACCACCAUUAAUUGAUCACGAAAAAAAAAAUCCUCAAAAAAUUGAAAUAGUCCAUCCAGAACCAGAUUCACUUCUUAUUUCUAAUUUAAUGGCAGUACCUAAGUAA